AUGUUUUCCGCCCUCUUCUCCUCGACGAAAAGCGCUCUGGAGGAGUGCGCCGACCACCUGGCGACGGUCUGUGCCACGCUGGGCGAAUUGCCGAAGAUUGGCUUCCGCAACGACGACCAGGGACUGAAUAUUCGCUUUGCCACGCUGGUGCAGCAGCGGCUAGAGCAGUACAAGGCCAUCGACGGAAAGGAACUCAGAGAGGGCCACUCUCAGCUGCUGAUCAUCGACCGCGGUUUCGACUGCGUCACCCCAGUCAUCCACGACCUCACCUUCCAAUCGAUGGUCUACGACCUGAUGAAGGUGGAGAAUGACGUGUGGACGUACCGACCGGAGAGAGGCAAGUCAGGCGAGGAACGCCAGCUGCUGUUCAGCGAGAACGCCGAACUGUGGGAGGACUUUCGCCAUAAGCACAUCGCCGUCGUCAAUCAGCAGCUGCCGGCGAGGGUGAAGGCUUUCAAGGAGGAAAACAAGGUGAUGGAGCAAGCUGGGACAGGAACGGGUGAGCGGGCGGACAUGAAGGCGCUGGGGGAGAUCGUGAAGAAGCUGCCCCGCUAUCAGAAGGAGAACGCCAAGUACUACUCUUUCUUCAAGGUGACGGAGGACUGCAUGCGCCGGUACACCACCUACGUCAACAAGAUGUGCCUGGUAGAACAGGACAUUGCCAUGGGCAGCGACGUGACCGGAGAGCGCUUGACGGAAGCGACCAUUCCCAAGCGCGUUUUCCCCCUCUUUCUCGACCCGAAUCUGGAGACGCAGGACAAGGUGCGCAUCAUCCUCCUCUACAUUCUCUCAAACAACGGCAUUACCGAGGAGAACCUGGAGAAGCUGCUGACGCACGCGGCCAUUCCUGAGGCUGACCGCCGCAUCAUCACCAACCUCAGCAAGUUGGGCAUUGACAUGGACCCGACAAAGCAGAGGAGCAAAGCAGGCCAGAACAGCCAGGCCUAUCCACGGAGAAAUCGCAUCACUGACCAGACCUACGACACCGCCCGGUGGACACCGGUCGUAAAGGACGUCAUUGAGGACGCCAUUGCCGACCGGCUCAGUCCCGCCCACUUUACCUAUCUUUCGAAUGCGGAGAAUGGUGCUAAGCCGGGAAUGCUCUCCAAAGCGGCUCCCAAGAGUCUUCGCUUUGGCGGAGAUCAAGUUAAAACGACGGGUAGUGCACUACCUAAUGGUAAUGGUGGUCAGUCUUCAAUCAAGAACAGUCGGCUGAUUGUCUUUCUCCUCGGUGGUGUCACCUUCUCGGAGAUGCGAUGCGCCUAUGAGGUGUCCAGGGCCGCCAACUCCUCCUGUGAGGUGAUUAUUGGAUCUGACCAAAUAAUGACGCCGGCGAGCUUUCUCGAGAACAUGCGCCAACUGAACUAA